AUGUCGAUCAUUUUGCUGCUGAAGCUUGGGCUACCUACGACGCAGGUCAUGCACAACGAAGACGGCGAACUUGGUCUCUGGCUCGAAAGCCGAUCCGGCGAAAAGUGGAAAUCUUUCGGAGACGGAAGACUCCCUGGCAAAGACAACUCUUCAAACGCAACCACGACAAACCUUGACCAAUGCCUCAAAGCCGUGAAGCAAUUGAUCAAAGAAGUCCACAAUGCCUUCAAUAAUAAAAAGGUUAUACAGCCUUCAGUGUUUCUGGCUUGGCAUCAUGCUCCCAUCAUUGCCAAGGUCUCUGAACAUCCACAGAAUCACACACCUCCUCAUGGUCCAGGAAGAGAUCUGGGAGAAUGGGUGGAGUUCUGGACGGAGAACUUUGGUCAGGUUGAGAAUCAGGUCAAAUUGAUGAUAUCCAAGGUUUGGGGACGGGCUUUUGGGUGA